CGGAUCGUGUGGAUGUCAUGUCAUGAUAUCUUUGCCCUUUCUGCAUGUUUUUCCAUCCACCGUGUCGUGCCAAUGCACGGUGGCUGUCGAUAAACUCGGGCGGACACGACGAGGGCUCGCAAGUGAUAACCACCAGCCCGCAGCUUGCAUGUCGAAGAUGACAUAUCGCGCCGCCGAGUACGGUGACUUGCCCAGUCAGGCUGUCCUUGCUCUGAACUUUGAUAGACGAUCGUUCCACCAUUGCAAAGCCUGCUGCUGGUAUGCAUACGUGAGGGAUGACUGUUUCUUUUCUUCUCUUCACAUGCACUUACGACUGCAUAUGCCGUCAUACAAAGUCGCUGGCCGCACCACUUUGAGUGGAAGUUUUGGCCGACAGCUUUCUCCCUUGUCCACCAGUUUCUUGAGCAACCAGCUGCCGGCAUCCCGUCUCAGCAAACCCACAUUGAACAAAGCCUCCACGAAAAGUAUGAUCCACAAGCGAAAAAGAAGAAGGAACCAGAACUCACGAAAAGCCACGAGGCCAACAACAAACAUUUGUUGUUGCACCUGUCUAUCUCUCCAUAUCUCGUACCUGUACACAACAUUAUUCCCAUUAAUUUCUCCACAAAACGCUAAUCUAGAUAUGCUUACAUUAGAUCGGCAUCAUUUGAACAAGCCUCGAUCAUAUUUAUUAAUACACCCCAUAUUCGAAUUGAGCCUCCACUAUCCCGUUUCACCAGUUAUCCAUCGUCUCAUGAAUUCAACUUUUGGAGCCCUUCGGUUUCACGUCUUCACAGACGGAUUGAUUUGCUUUUUCGUCUCGCUCUCCAUUCAGCCCCUACUACCACAUACCACUCUUCCAUCUUCCUGCCCUGAUCUUGCCGUCAGAGACAUCAUCGUCGACCACGGCAACCAAGUCUCGGGUCGCUUGGCAAGACUUAUGGACGCUGGCUGACUCCACAUCACCGAUCAACAUGGAUACCCGCCAUCCGGGCAGAGGCUUUUCCAAUAGUUCGAAGACAUGCAAGAGAGACUUUCGAUGAGCAACA